AUGACUCGAAGCGGUGAUACUUCACAUUCAGGAGAUUAUGAAAACUCAGUCAUUACCAAAAAGUCGGACAUAGGCCAACACUUCUUACGAGCGGCACGUGCUGGCAAUAUCCAGAAAGUUUUGUUACUUAUUACUGAACACAAUGCAGAUGUACACGCAUGUAAUGCAAAUGGUUUAAAUGCACUACAUUUAGCCUCAAAAGAAGGACAUGCAGCAGUAGUACGUGAACUAAUCGACCGAGGAGCAAAACCAAACACUGCUACUAAGAAAGGCAAUACGGCUUUGCAUAUUGCAAGUCUAGCUGGUCAGUUUGAAAUAGUCAAGCUACUAUUGGAAGCCGGAGCUGAUGUGAAUGUACAAGCUCAGAAUGGUUUCACUCCUCUGUAUAUGGCUGCUCAAGAGAAUCAUUUAGAAGUAGUACGUCUUCUACUGGCUAAUGGUGCUAAUCCUGGUCUAACAACUGAUGAUGGUUUCACUCCACUGGCUGUAGCCCUGCAACAAGGCCAUGAUCGUGUUGUAGCACUUCUGUUGGAAAGUGACUCUCGUGGGAAAAUAUGUCUGCCAGCUUUGCAUAUCGCAUCGAAGAAAGAUGAUAUUAAAGCAGCUAAUUUAUUAUUGAAUAGUGAUGUGAAUGUAGACCAUCAGUCAGCUAGUGGGUUCACUCCACUUCAUAUAGCUGCGCAUUAUGGUAAUGUGAAUAUGACUGAACUGCUUAUAUCGCGUGGUGCGAAUAUUAAUUUUCAAGCCAAGAAUAAUAUUACUCCAUUGCAUGUAGCAUCAAAAUGGGGUAAUCAAGGUGUGGCUGAACGUCUGAUCACAGCCGGUGCAGAGCUUGACUGUCGUACGCGUGAUGGAUUGACACCUUUACACUGUGCUGCUAGGUCGGGACAUGAUACUGUUGUUCAAUUACUGUUAAGUGCUGGAGCUAAUUUAUCUGCAAAAACAAGGAGUGGUUUAAAUUCACUACAUAUGGCAGCUCAAGGUGAUCAUAUUGAUGCAGCUCGUUUACUUUUACAAAAUGGUGCACAACCAGAUGACCCAACUAUUGAUUAUUUAACUGCAUUACAUGUGGCUGCACACUGUGGUAAUGUACGUGUAGCCAAACUACUACUUGAACGUGGAUGCGAUGUGAAUGCUAGGGCAUUGAAUGGAUUUACACCACUGCAUGUUGCAUGUCAAAAGAAUCGCAUUAAAAUUGUUGAGCUUCUUCUUAAACAUAACUGUUUAGUUCAAGCCACGACUGAGUCUGGUCUGACACCGCUUCAUGUAUCGUGUUUUAUGGGACAUUUAAAUAUUGUAGUCCUGUUAUUGCAGCACGGCGCUAAUGCAAACGCACCAACUGUACGUUGUGAGACUAGUUUACACCUAGCUACUCGUGCUGGACAAACUGAUGUUGCCCGUCUACUUUUACGUAAUGGUGCUCAGGUGGAUGUUAAGGCCAGAGGUAAUCAAACACCAUUGCACAUAGCUUCACGUAUUGGUAAUAUUGAAUUAGUCACUUUACUUCUAGAACAUGUUGCCAAUGUGCAAGCUGUAACUAAAGACACUUACACACCAAUACAUUUAGCUGCUAAAGGAAAUCACAAAGAAGUUUGUGAAUUACUUUUGAAAAAUGGAGCUGAAUUAGAAGUAACAACCAAGUCUGGAUUCACUCCACUGCAUUUAGCUGUAAAGCAUUCACAUUUAGAUACAGUUAAAUAUUUACUUCUAUCAGGUGCUGAUAUGAAUGCCGCUGGACGCAAUGGGUUAACACCUUUACACUUAGCUACACACUAUGGAUCAUUACCUAUAGUUGAAUUAUUAUUAGAAAGUAAGGCAUCUCCGGUUUCUCAGGCUAAAAAUGGUUUCACCCCACUGCAUAUAGCAGCUGAGAAGCAUUUAGUAGAUAUUGCUAAACUACUGAUUGCAGCUACUGGUGAUGACAAAACUAAAAAUGAAGGUCAAAAUAACGAUGAUAAUGGUUGUUGUAAUAUACAAUCACGUAAUGGUUUUACACCACUACACUUAGCGUGUCAAGAUGGUAAUGAAAAAAUGACAAAGUUAUUGAUAGAUUCAGGAGCUAAGGUGAAUGCUUUAGCUAAAAACGGCCUUACAGCUAUGCAUUUAGCAGCUCAGGAGGAUAGUGUUAAAGCUGCGGAUUUACUGUUUGCUGCUGGUUCUGAAUUAGAUGUUAAAACAAAAGCAGGUUAUACACCUUUGCAUACAGCCUGUCAUUUUGGUCAAGUUAAUAUGGUCCGAUUUCUUUUAGGUAAGGGUGCUGAUGUGAAUGCUGUUACAUGCAUGGGAUCAAAUGCUUUACAUUUGGCUGCACAGCAAGGCCAUUCCACAGUUAUAUACGUUCUGCUAGAAAGUGGUGCCAACCCAAAUAUGCGUAAUAAGUAUGGUUGGACACCAGCUCACGUCGCUCGUCAUCAGCAUUACUUAAAUAUAUUCGAAGCACUGCGUCAGGUGACCACCUGUGUAGAAUCGUGGGAGGAGGAAAAUACUGAUGAAUUACCAAUGAAUGCAGAAUUAAAUGCAUCUAUCAUUUCUGGUCAAGAGCAUACUUCGUCACUAAAUAGACAACAGUAUACUUCAUCAAAUCGACUUGGUCUUGAGCAUCCAGAUAUGAUGAGAGAUAAUCCAAUUACAGAUACUGAAGAAGAAUGUGUUGAACCCGAUUUCACUGUUAUGCCAUCUUCACCCUUAUUUUCACGUGCACAAAGUAGACAAAGUAUUGGGCAACAAAAUUUCCAGCGUUCUCACCAUCCUCAUCCUCCUCAUCAUCAUCCGCAACAACAAAAUCAAAAUAAUUUUGACUAUAGAUCGUCAGAUGAACAUUAUGGACAUCGAGGUGGUAUAAAUCACGUGAAAAUAGCUCCAGAUAAAUUAUCUAAUGUUUCAGGUGAAGAUAGUAUUCAUGAAGGUACAGCAGCUGAAAAUGCUCAUGGUAUUACUUGGCGAGACACACAAUUCGGUUAUGGAAGUCGGGAAAAUGGACUGUCCGAAAUUAGAAUAAGCCGAGAUUAUGCGGAGCUUGGUAUGGCAGCUGCUUCAAGUUUAGCAGGAUUUUCAGGACUGGUUGAAUGGGACUUCACUCCAGAUAAUGUACCCAUCCCCAGACGACCAAUAGCUUCAGGCUUUCUUGUCUCGUUUCUGGUUGAUGCACGUGGCGGUUCUAUGCGUGGUAGCCGUCACCCAGGUCUUCGGAUUUUGGUUCCACCCAGUGCAGCUAGUGCACCAACACGUAUUACUUGUCGUAUGCUACGACCAGAAAGGACUGCUCGACCACCACAAUUGAAUGAUUGUGAAGGAUUAGCUUGUCGAAUCAUCGAAUUAGGACCUCACCCAUGUAGAUUUAACACGCCAGUUCUUUUAGAAAUUCCACAUUUUGCUUCAUUACGCGGUCGUCAGCGUGAAUUGGUUGUACUACGUAGUGAUAAUGCUGAAACAUGGCGUGAACAUUCUUUAGAAGCUACCGAUCAAGCUGUUCAGUCAGCUGUGGGCCAAAGUUUUGAUGGUUUAGAAACAAUUGAAGAACUUCGAGAAAAGCGUAUUAUUCGCAUAUUGACCAAUGAUUUUCCACAGUAUUUGGCAGUUGUUAGCAGGUUACGUCAAGAAUCAUCACUAGUUGGUUCAGAUGGUGGUGUACUGAGUUCAACAGUUGUUCCACAAGUACAAGCUGUUUUUCCAGAAGGUGCACUUCAAAAAAGAAUACGUGUUGGUUUACAGGCCCAUCCAAUUUCUCCAGAAUUAGUGACACGUCUGCUAGGUAAUCGUGUUGCAGUUUCACCAAUUGUGACAUUAGAGCCACGCCGUCGUAAAUUUCAUAAACCAAUCACUUUAACAAUUCCAUUGCCUAAGGCUGCUGUUAGGGGUAUGAUCAAUCCAACAAUGAGUGAUUUGAAGUCGCAAAAUGUGCCAAGUUUAAGAUUGUUAUGCAGUAUCACUGGUGGUACAGCACCAGCACAAUGGGAGGAUAUUACAGGAUCUACACCGCUGUCUAAAGUCAAAGAUUGUGUCUCGUUCACUACAACUGUUUCAGCAAGAUUUUGGUUGAUGGACUGUCCAGCUGUACAUGAAGCUGCAGAACUUGCUGGACGGUUGUAUGCUGAAGCGACUUUAGUUCCGUAUAUGGGUAAAUUUGUUGUAUUCACCAAACGCUUGGAUACCGAUGAAGCUUUAGUCCGAUGCUUCUGUGUAACCGAUGAUAAAGUGGAUAAGACUUUGGAAUGUCAAGAAGGCUUUGAAGUAUGCGCUGCUUCACCAGAAGUUGAAGUGAUUGAAAGUAGACCGGCAUGGCUUGAAGCAGCUGGCAAUCUGCUGCCUGUAGCAAAAUUAGGCGAACAAUUACGUUUGCACUUUAAUGCUUUCCGUGAAAAUAGACUAGCUUUUCCGGUGCGUGUCAAAGAUGUACAACAAGAGCCUGUGGGAAAAUUAGCAUUUAUGCGUGAACCAAGACAAUCUAUUCGAGACGGUGAUGGUGAUUCACAGUACAUCUAUCAUGAGAUACCACAAGCUCAGAAACCGUUAUGCACUCUGGAAGUUCGACUCAGUUCAGAUAAUGCUGGUAGUCAACAGGGUAUUGAUCCAUCAUUAAUUGGAUUAGAAAAUCAUCCUGAGUUCUUAGAUCAGUUGAAUGCCACUAGUGCAGCCGAGUUAACUAUGGGUUCAUUGAGUUGUGUAUUCCCAUUUGGUAAACGUGUAAACGAUCAAAAAAAUAGUGGUGAGAUGAAUGGCGAAUCAAAUAAACCUAAACCUUAUUGGAUUUCAACUUAUACAUCAGAUAUAAUUGCUCGUAGUCAAAUUGAUUUAAUUCAAGUAGCAAGUGAAAUUGGUUCAGAUUGGCCUAAACUAAUUGAAGUUCUUAUACCUCAAUCAAAUCUGAAAAGUUCAUGUACUGCUCAUCAGUUAGUCAAUUGGAUAAAUGAAAGUGAACCGAAAUGGCAAAUGGAAAGAAAUAAAAGAUUUAUACAAGCGGGUGGAGUUAUAGAAGAUGGUGAUGUGGCUGGUAGUUUUGGUGGUCAAAUCAGUGUAAGUGAAUUAAGAACAGUACAAGAUCAAGCUCUAGCUGUUUUAUUAGCCUGGCGUGAAGAAAAUGGAGAUAUGGCUACAGGUAAUGAGUUGGAUCAUGCCCUCCGUUUAAUUGGUCGCGAAGAUGUCAUCAAAUCUUGUAUGCGCAAUAUUCAGUAUGUACUUGACGCUGAUGAACAUGCUAAGGCUGCUCGUCAAAUAGAUGAACGCAAAGGUUCCGAUCCUAUAGAUCCUUUGGUUUCAGACCCUUUCUCCACUUCUUUAGCAGCUACAACCACUCUGAUGUCCGGCAUGGAAGAUAUGUCACAUGCUUAUAAUGAUAAUAAUGCAGUUAUUAAUGCAUCUGGUAUGAAAGACGUAAGGAGAAGUCCAGGCAUAUUAGUUUCUCCAUUGCCUGGUGAAUCUGAGUUAAUUACAGAAAGUCAUAAUGCUCCCGAUAAUCAAGCUCCAAGAAGACCUGAAGAAACAAAUAUCGAUAAUGAAGGAAAGUUAUCCUCUAUUGUACAAGGUCAGGCGGAAUUAGACGAAGAUAACGAAGGAUUUUGGCAACAAACAGGUGUAGAACCAGCUAGUUCAACCAGUCAACAAGGUGGUGAUCCAAUGCUAACACAAAAACACAAUGAAUUAGUCACGCAAGAAGAAGCCGAUAUCAUUCGUGAUAGUGAGUCCAUGACAACUAGUUCAGAAUUGAUUGCUUCUGGAAUACAAGGAUCUCAACAAGAAAUAUAUGAAACUGAUGAAAAGAUUACAGGUACUCUGAGACCUGAAAGUGAAAUCGAAAACGAAUUUCAGAACCUAAAUUUGAAAGGCACUGAUGAUUAUCAUAAAGAAUCUGACGUAUCCCCUUCGCAAACUGAACAUCGACAAUAUGCUGUCAGCCGAGAAGAGGAUGAGGAUGCACAUCAAAACGAUACACCAUCCAGUAGAUCACGCCUUCCAAUUGAACAUCGUUGGGAGCAGGAAGAUGACCUGUCAGAUGAAGUUAUACAUCAUGAUGGUAUAAAUGCUGAGACAGAUACUGAACAUGUUCUUGAAGAUCAGAACAAUCCAGCUGCAACAACGGAUAAUCAUUCUGUAUUCUCAGAUCUGCCUACUAACAAUCAAUCUGUGAGUGAAUCAGUAAUAAGUGCAUCAGAGAUGAUAAGUGGAAAUGACGCGAUACGUCAUGCUCAUCAUUUUGGUAAUUCUUCAACUCAUGUUGAAAAUAUUGAAAAUCUUGAAGCGUAUGAUGAGCAUAGUGUUAAUAUUGAUGCACAGUCAAGUAGACAGUAUGACUCAAGUGGACACAUAAUUUCUUCUAAUGCACAUCACGGUCUGGAAGCGUCUCCGCGAAGUGUUGCUGGUGACAAUGAUAAUGCUGCAUAA